AUGGAGUUCGCUGUUGUUGUUGUUGUUGUUGCAGCAGCUGCUGCUGCUGCUGAUGAUGAUGCUGAUGAGGAUGAUGACGACGAUGACGAUGAUGAUGAUGAUGAUGAUGAUGAUGAUGAUGAUGAUGAUGAUGAUGAUGAUGAUGAUGAUGAUGCUGAUGAGGAUGAUGACGAUGAUGAUGAUGAUGAUGAUGAUGAUGAUGAUGAUGAUGAUGAUGAUGAUGAUGAUGAUGAUGAUGAUGAUGAUGAUGAUGAUGAUGAUGAUGAUGAUGAUGAUGAUGAUGAUGAUGAUGAUGAUGAUGAUGAUGAUGAUGAUGAUGAUGAUGAUGAUGAUGAUGAUGAUGAUGAUGAUGAUGAUGAUGAUGAUGAUGAUGAUGAUGAUGAUGAUGAUGAUGAUGAUGAUGAUGAUGAUGAUGAUGAUGAUGAUGAUGAUGAUGAUGAUGAUGAUGAUGAUGAUGAUGAUGAUGAUGAUGAUGAUGAUGAUGAUGAUGAUGAUGAUGAUGAUGAUGAUGAUGAUGAUGAUGAUGAUGAUGAUGAUGAUGAUGAUGAUGAUGAUGAUGAUGAUGAUGAUGAUGAUGAUGAUGAUGAUGAUGAUGAUGAUGAUGAUGAUGAUGAUGAUGAUGAUGAUGAUGAUGAUGAUGAUGAUGAUGAUGAUGAUGAUGAUGAUGAUGAUGAUGAUGAUGAGGAGGAUGAUGAGGAGGAGGACGAUGAUAAUGAUGAUGAUAAUGAUGAGGAUGAUGAGAAUGAUGAGGAGGAGGAGACGAUGAUGCUGGUGGUCAAUUCUGGACCGCGUGAAUCAAUACGUUCAGAGUGGAAGCUUACAUCCCCAACCGAAAUUGUGCACAAACGAAUUAACCGAUUGGGGCAUUAUGAGGGACGCGGGAUUGCGUGUCUACCUAGCAGCGGCAGCAAACUCCUACCGGUAAGCGUCGUUUGCGAAAAUUGGAUCCAAAUGUAG